AUGGCUAAGCCAUUAUUGGUGAGCGUAAAAAACUUGUCCAUUGCCAUCAAAUUGGUCUUCAAGUCUUUCUUGUUCUUGGAUGAGCCAACUUCUGGGGUAGGUUCUCAAUCUGCCUUGUUAAUAAUUCGGGCUUUGCGUGCCUUGUCUGAUUCCGACCAGGCUAUCUUGUGUACCAUCCACCAACAAUCGACCACUUUGCUUGAGGUUUUCGACAGAUUGAUGUUGAAGAAGGGUGGUAGAAUUGUCUACCUUGGCGAUGUCGACCUGAACUCUGAGGCCAUAUCGAACUACUUUGAAAGGCAGUUUGGGAUUAAGUGUGAUGUGUUCGAGAAUCUCGUUGAGCACAUCUUGAACUGUAUCAGUGUUGGAGCUACAGCCCGCUCCGAGUUGGCUUCUGAUUGGGAAGAUUUUUGA